AUGGCCCGCCGAUGGGCUCGCAGAAUCGAGCGUUAUUGCUGCUCCUGCAUAACCUACUUUCCAUUGGCAUUUGUGUACGGCUUGACAACAUGGGCUGUCUGGGUUGUCGUCAGUAUCGGUAACAGCAAACCGAAAUCAAGUUGGAUCGGAACGCAAUCAUCGAUAGGCGGUGUUUUGCUCUAUCUUCUACUGAACUGGUGCUACACAACAGCCGUCUUCACCGAUCCCGGCAGCACCACCAACGCCUAUGGCUACUCGACGCUACCCACGAAUGCCGCGCCGACCGCCACCUCCUUCACCGUCAAGUCUAAUGGCGAGCUGCGCUUCUGCAAAAAGUGUCAGGCCCGGAAGCCCGACCGUGCCCACCACUGCAGCACGUGUAAGAGAUGUGUUCUAAAGAUGGACCACCACUGCCCAUGGCUUGCCACCUGCAUUGGCCUGCACAACCACAAGGCCUUUCUGCUGUUCCUGAUUUACACGUCGCUCUUCUGCUUCUACAGCUUUGCCGUCUCGGGAUCAUGGGUCUAUUACGAGUUGGUAGCUGAGACGCAAUACGUCCAGACCUUCAUGCCUGUCAACUACAUCAUGCUGGCCGUCAUAUCCGGCAUCAUCGGUAUAGUGGUUGGCGCUUUCUGCAGCUGGCAUAUAUUGCUGGCCAGCAGAGGCCAGACAACCAUCGAGUGCCUCGAAAAGACCCGCUACUUAUCGCCUAUACGGAAACAGUUGCACCAAACCUACAACGCACAACACAACGGCGAUGGCUAUGCCUUGCCCAAGUAUGGUCAGCAGCUCUUGGAUAUCCACCAAAAUGCCAUCCCUGGGGUUACCAGACCGGAGGAGGGGGAGGUCAGGGUGAGCAUGGACGGGGGUCACGAUCAUUUCCGACCCAACGCGCACAUGACGUUUGAGGAAAUGGAGAGGCAACGGGCGAGGAAACGAUACGACGAAUAUCUUGACGAGCAAGAUUCGGACAAGCUGCCCAGUGCGUUUGACCUUGGCGCCAAGAGGAAUCUUCUCCAUCUAUUUGGACCUUCGGCUCUUCUUUGGGCAUUGCCUAUUAUGAAUACUACGGGCGAUGGCUGGGCCUGGGAAGCGAGUCCAAAGUGGCUAGAGGCUCGGGAAAAGAUAGCUCGCGACCGCGAGGAGCAGAGACAGCGCGAGCAAGCGGCAGGUUGGGGUACCGAAACACCAACAUUCAUUCGGAACCAGGAUUACAGUCCAGAGCAGCACGGUGUGACCCGGCAGUAUCUCGCCUCUCCAACAGUCUCGACUGGAAGGAAAACCCCGUCCAAGGCUGAUAGAGUGCUUGGGAGGGAUCCCAAUCUCUAUGCCGACGAGCCGGCCAGCUCAUUUCCGAUGAGGAAAUUGAGUCCAUAUGGUGCCGAUAUUGAAGACGACUAUGAUACCAGUAGUGACGAGGAACAAGGCACAGCUGAGCAACGGGCCAUGAAUGUCGUUACUAACGGGGCAUGGGCGAGGAGUGGUGCCAGCGGUCUCCUGCGGAAACCCACGAAUUCGAGUCUAUCGCCGACUGGCGGUACGUCGCAAAAUGACGACGAAGUGGACUGA